AUGGAUCAGUUGGAGCGUUUGUCCUUAGUUUCUAAGGUUUGCACCGAGUUGGAUAACCAUUUCGGAAUAAAGGAGAAAGACGUGGCAGAAUUUAUAAUAGAUUUGGCGACUGUUAACAAUACAUUUGACAAGUUUAAAAAGGCACUCGACGAACAAGGACUUGGGGAACAGUUCGAUGACUCUCUUGUGGCGAAUCUACUUCGUCUUAUCCAGCAUAUGCUUCCCAAGGCCAGAAAAAAAGGUCAAGAAAACACUUCAAAUUCUCAUAAGAUCACGCUGAUUUCUGAUGCCAAAGACGAGAUCAAGGCAAGGUUGCCUGCUCUUGCCAUGCCGAACAGUAACUCUGGUGACAUGAUGAGCCAACUCGAAAACUUAGUGCCAAAAUGGAAAGAGGAGAGAGAAGAACUAGAGGAGGAAGUGAAACCAGAACGAAGCGUUUCUAAACACGGGUCUGAUAGGAGGAGGAGUGAUAGUAAAACAGAUAGUGACAAACGAAAAGAUCACCGUAGAAGUUCUCACCGAAGCAGAGAUGAACGAAGAGAGGGAAAGAAACGAUCAAGAUCGAGAUCAUCUUCUCGUGAUCGACACGGUAAAAGAAGACAUGUUAGUGAUCGAGAUAGAAGAGGACGGCGUGAUGACUCUAGAGAAAGAAGAGACUAUGAUGAUCGGCGAUCAAGCAAAGACUGGAAAAGAAAAGAUCGGGAUCGAGAUCAUAGGGAUCUCCCGGACACUGCUGAAGUGGGCCAAAUCUACAGUGGCAGAGUGGUUAGCAUUCAAUCCUUUGGAGCAUUUAUUCAGCUGGAAGGUAUACGACAGCAAGUUCAAGGUCUAUGUCACAUAUCUCAGCUCAAAAACGAAAGAGUGAACGCAGUUGCAGAUGUCCUUAGCAGAGGAGAAAAAGUGAAAGUGAAGGUUUUGAAGAUCGACAAUGGUAAAUUCUCACUUUCCUUGAAGGAAGUGAAUCAAAUUACUGGAGAAGAUCUCAAUCCACAGGAAGCUAGUUUAUCAUCGGAUGCAGUUGGUGUGAACGAGUUACGGAACCCCGAAGCGCCUUGGGCAAAUCCUGAAAUGUCGUCUGACCGUAAAGAUUUGGUCUCGUCUGGCACAAGUAAAAGUCGGGUUCGCAUGUCUACUCCAGAAAGAUGGGAGUGGCAGCAAAUGAUAGGUGCGGGAGUUGUAACCAACAUGGAUCGACCAGAUUUUGACGAGGAAUCUGGGGUGCUACGGGGCGAGGAUGAGCAAAGCGAUGGCGAGGAUUAUGAAGUUGAAAUCGUAGAAGAAGAACCUGAAUUUUUGCGUGGUUAUGGAAAAGGGAAUCAAGAAAUUGAGCCAGUCAAAGUAGUUAAAAACCCCGAUGGAAGUAUGGCGCAGGCAGCUCUAAUGCAGGCAUCUUUGUCAAAAGAACGGAGAGAAUCGAAAAUACAAUCUCAGCGCGAAAAAGACGCUGAAAGGAAUACCGGUUUGAGAUCAAAUAGCACUCGAAUCCUUGAUCCAGUGCAAGAAAGGAAUAUGGACAAUGAUGAAGAUAGAGGAACUAUGAGACGAGAUAAAGAUAUGCCGGAGUGGAUGAAACACGUUACUGCUGGAGGGAAGGCAACAUACGGUAGACGCACUAACUUAAGCAUUAAAGAGCAACGCGAGUCGCUGCCUAUCUUCAAUUUGAAAAAGUCUUUGUUGCAGGCCAUGACGGAUAAUCAGAUCCUGGUUGUCAUUGGUGAGACGGGUUCAGGAAAAACUACUCAAAUAACGCAAUACGCUGUGGAGGCAGGUUUUGCUCGAAAAGGACGAAUUGGCUGUACACAACCUAGGCGAGUGGCUGCAAUGUCUGUAGCAAAACGUGUCGCUGAAGAGUUUGGUGCCAAACUUGGUCAAGAGGUCGGAUACACCAUUCGUUUCGAGGACUGCACUAGCCAGGACACCAUCAUAAAGUAUAUGACAGACGGUAUGCUUUUGCGCGAAUGUUUGGUGGAUCCAGACCUACUGUCGUACUCCCUCAUUAUGCUCGAUGAGGCGCACGAGAGAACAAUACAUACAGAUGUAUUGUUCGGAUUGUUGAAAGCUGCCGCAAAGAAGCGGCCCGACUUGAAGCUUAUAAUUACUAGUGCUACUCUCGAUGCCGUGAAAUUCUCCGAAUACUUUUUCGAAGCUCCCAUUUUCACUAUUCCUGGCCGGACUUUCCCCGUAGAGAUUUUGUACACCAGAGAGCCGGAAACCGACUACCUCGAUGCAGCACACAUUACAGUGAUGCAGAUUCAUCUAACAGAACCUCCUGGUGACAUUCUAGUCUUCCUCACUGGUCAGGAGGAAAUCGACACGUCAUGUGAAGUUUUAUAUGAACGGAUGAAGGCUCUAGGACCAGAUGUGCCUGAAUUGAUCAUCUUACCAGUGUACGGAGCGUUGCCUUCAGAAAUGCAAACACGAAUUUUUGACCCUGCUCCACCAGGCAAACGAAAGGUCGUCAUAGCCACGAACAUUGCUGAGACGUCACUGACAAUCGACGGCAUCUACUAUGUAGUUGAUCCUGGUUUCGUGAAACAAAAGAUAUAUAAUCCUAAAAGUGGCAUGGAUUCUUUGGUUGUCACUCCCAUCAGUCAAGCAGCGGCAAAACAACGAGCAGGGCGUGCAGGAAGAACAGGUCCUGGCAAGUGCUAUCGCCUCUACACUGAAAGGGCAUAUCGAGAUGAGAUGUUGCCUACUCCUGUCCCUGAGAUUCAACGAACGAAUCUGGCCUCAACUUUGCUGCAGCUCAAGGCAAUGGGAAUCAAUAAUCUAAUCGAUUUCGACUUCAUGGACGCUCCUCCUUUGGAUUCAAUGAUUAGUGCCUUGCACCAAUUGCACACACUGUCUGCUUUGGAUGGCGAUGGAUUAUUAACGAAACUUGGUCGAAGAAUGGCCGAAUUCCCCCUGGAGCCCUCACUGGCAAAACUGCUCAUCAUGUCAGUCGAGUUAGGUUGCUCUGACGAGGUGCUUACCAUCGUCUCUAUGCUUUCAGUGCAGAACGUUUUCUAUCGGCCAAAGGAAAAGCAAGAACAAGCAGACCAAAAGAAGGCGAAAUUUCACCAACCUGAAGGAGACCACAUGACGCUACUAGCAGUAUAUAACUCAUGGAAGCAUCAUCAUUUCAGCCAGCCUUGGUGUUUUGAGAACUACGUUCAAAUCCGUACCUUGAAGAGAGCACAAGAUAUUCGUAAGCAACUACUUGGUAUAAUGGACCGGCACAAAUUAGACCUUGUCAGUUGUGGUCGAGAUGUCCAACGAAUUCAAAAAGCAAUAUGUUCUGGUUUCUUCAAGAACGCUGCAAAACGAGAUCAACAAGAUGGCUAUCGCACACUUGUGGAUGGGCAGAACGUCUUCAUUCAUCCUUCUUCAGCUUUAUUCCAGAAUCAGCCCGAAUGGGUUGUUUAUCACGAGCUGAUUAUGACCACCAAGGAAUAUAUGAGAGAAGUAACUGCGAUCGAUCCACGAUGGCUCGUCGAGUUUGCUCCAUCGUUCUUCAAGAUGAGUGAUUCAACCAAGCUGUCUGCGUUCAAGAAAAAUCAGAAAAUCGACCCGCUCUUCGACAAGUAUGCGGAUGCAAACGCUUGGCGUAUCACGCGUGUCAAGAAGAAGAUAUACAAUCCGAACAGAUAA